ACCAGUGCAUGGAGCUGCGUCACUCAGGCCAGCCUGCCUGCCGCUGCCUGCGGGCACGCUGGCUCAGGUAGUGGGGCAGUGCUGCAGGGUGCUACAGGGCCAUGGCAAUGCCUUGGGCUGUGCCCCAUGGAGCUGUGGGGUGCUACGGGGCCAUGGCAAUGCCUUGGGCUGUGCCCCAUGGAGCUGUGGGGUGCUAUGGGGCCAUGGCAAUGCCUUGGGCUGUGCCCCAUGGAGCUGCGGGUUGCUAUGGGGCCAUGGCAAUGCCUUGGGCUGUGCUCCAUGGAGCUGCCCACCCUGCAGAAUGGUGCAGUUUGCAGAACAGAACAGCACAGCCGGCCUGCGGGCGCUGCACCUGAACAUCAGCAGGGCCAUGGCCCAAGGCCUGCUCCUCGCAUUCUCCCCUGCUGAGGGCCCCGCAGUGAUCAGCUCAGCAGAGGAGGGGACAGCAGGCACCAUCCGGCUCCCCAGCGGGGCGUUCCCAUCCCCGAGCAGCCAGGCAGUGCGCGUGGUGGUGACUGUGCUCAACAUCCAGCAGCUCACCAUGUUCCAGGAGGACAACCAGAUGGGAAAGGUUCUGGACAACACCGUGGUGGGCAUCGUGGUUGGGGAUGGGGACGUCUCGGAGCUGCAGGACCCCGUGCAGCUCACCUUUGCCUACCAGCAGUUGCCACAUGUAAGGCAUGCCCUCCCCUCCCCAUGCCUCCUGGUGAGGUGCAGGUUCACACUACGUCCCUGUUUGCAGAAUGUCACCCCGCUGUGUGUUUUCUGGGAGCCCAGCAAAGGGCAGGCAGGAGGCUGGAGCAGUCACGGAUGUGUCACACAGCCCAAGGACAAGGAGACAGUCUGCACUUGUGACCACCUCUCCUUCUUCACCCUCCUCCUGAACCCAUCUCUGGACGGGUCUACGGCACAGACGUUGGUGGCUGUGGCCAAUGCUGGUUGUGGUGUGGCUGUGGCUUUCUCCAUCUUCACUUUUGCCUUCUACAUCUUCUUAAGGUGCAGUUACAAACAGUUCAGGUCUGAGGACACCCUCCGCAUCAACCUGGGGCUGCACAUGAACCUGGUCAGCAGCCUGCUCCUGCUCAACCUGGCUUUCCUGCUCAGCAGUGGGCUCUCCAGCAGAGCACCUCCGGGGCUGUGCAGUGCCCUGGGGGGGCUCACCCACUACUGCCUGCUCUGCUGCUUCACCUGGACGGCGCUGGAGGGCUGUCACCUCUAUCUCCUCUUUGUCAAGGUCCUUGGCACCUACAUACACCACUACCUGCUGAAGCUGUGCAUUGUUGGAUGGGGCUUCCCUGUUCUGGUGGUGGGGGUGGCAGGAGCCAUUGGCAGCUAUGGAAAACACAGUAUUGGGACAGUGGACAACCAGACCAUAAUCGACCUGUGCUGGAUCAAUUCUGAGCACCUCCUUGUCCACUACAUCACAAACUGCGGCUACUUCGGCCUCAUCUUCCUCUUCAACACCAUCAUCUUCGGGGUGGUGGCCUGGAAGAAUUGCCACCUGUGGAGGAGCGGGGUGAUGCAGGGGCACUGCAAGGCCUGGAAGGUGGUCCUGGCAGCGAUGGGUCUCUUCUGCCUGCUUGGAGCCACCUGGGCACUGUCCUUCCUCAGCUAUGGCAGCUCUUCCACACCCAUGCUCGUCCUUGCUGCUAUCCUCAACUCCCUCCAAGGUGUUUUCAUCUUUGUCUGGCUGGUUGUCCUCUACUACCCAAGGGCAGAGGAGACCAGCAGCUCCCUCUCCCACAUCGUGAGGAAUGACAAAACCAUGGCUGUGUCACAGGGAUAGCUGCUGGGCCUUCCCUCUCUGCCUGCCAGCUCCCAGCCCAAAGUACACGGCUUCCUGUGAGAGCAAGGCCUGCAUGGGCAGCUGGGCACCCUGGCUGACCAGCGUGGCCCCUGCUCUCACCCAUGCCUCAUUUUACUCUUUGGGGGGUGUGAUCUGCCCUAGCUGCCCUUUGGCUCCUGGGGGCCAGCUUGGUCCAAGGAGACCAAGUCACCUCCAGUCACCUCCCUCCCUUCUGCAUGCCCUCGGAAGUCUCAUUCCCCAGUGCCUCCUGCUGGAGCCUGCAAGCCAUCUGCAUUCAGCCUACAGCCUUACCCCAGCACAAGAGAAGGAAUUGGGCACUGGAUCAGCCUGGAGAUGCACAGCCAGCUGCACCCUGAGCUACACCAUCUCCUCCACACUGUACGUGCAUGCACGCACAUCAGCUCAGCCUCUCACAAAGAACUGUUGUAUUGGCCAAUCCAUGUCUGUGUUUUAGCAUUAAAACUCUGCUAGCAA